UCUCCACUCCAUAACAUUUAUUUGGCUCUUUUCCCAAGUUCAAACUUCAAACCAUUUAUCAUUCAUGCACAUUCAGAAGUUGAGUGAGCAAUUUUUGGAAACAAAAACUUUAUGUACCAAUUUUUAGGAGUAAUAGAAUAAACCUUUUAUAAAUGGAGUCUGUCAGUGCCACCAAACUUCAUCCUCCUCAUGCGGAGGAAGCUCCGGUUGCUCCACCGACUGAUCAGCUGUCUAGCCCUCUAAGUAAGAUCAUCACCGUCGCGACCCUCGCCGUAGGCAUACAAUUCGUGUGGGCCCUACAGCUCACCAUACUCACACCCUACGUCCAAAUACUCGGAACCCCUCACAUGUGGGUUUCCUUCAUCUGGCUCUGCGGCCCUAUCUCCGGCAUCAUCGUCCAGCCCCUCGUUGGUUUCUAUAGCGACCGCUGCACCUCCCGCUUCGGCCCCCGCCGCCCCUUCAUUAUCGCCGGAACCCUAUCCGUUGUCUUCGCCUCCUUCCUCAUCGGCUACGCUGCAGACCUAGGCCAUUUCCUUGGUAACUCCGACGAAGCCAACCUCCGCCCUCGCACCAUUGCCGUUUUCAUCGUCGGCUUCUGGAUCAUCGACUUCGCCAACAACCUCCUCCAGGGACCGUGCCGCGCCUUCAUCGCCGACCUCGCCGCCGGAGACCACAGCAAGACCAGAACCGGCUACGCCUUCUACACGCUCUUCACAGCCGCCGGGAACAUCCUCGGCUCCGCGGCGGGAUCCUCCGGCGGAAUCCACCGCGUGCUACCGUUCACAAAAACGGCAUCGUGCGACGAGUACUGCGCGGACGUGAAGACGUGCUUCCUCUUCGCCGUUGCGAUUCAGCUAGUGCUGGUAACUGUUACUGUUACGUACGUUAAGGAAAAACCGUUACGAAUAACGGAUUCAGUUGGAAAUGGCGGGAAGGGAGGGAUUGGGGAAUUAUUCAGUGCAUUGCGGGAACUCAAGAGACCAAUGUGGAUCUUAUUGUUGGUGACGUGUUUCAAUUGGUUCGCGUGGUUUCCGUUUUUACUGUACAACACUGAUUGGAUGGGGGUUGAAGUGUAUGGUGCGCAGGAUAAGAAGGAGAGGGUGUACACUAUGGGGGUGCACGCGGGUGCGUUGGGAAUGAUGUUGAAUUCCAUUGUGGCGGGUGCCGCGUCGUUGGGGAUUGGUGUGUUGGCGCGUGGCCUUCGCGGCGAGAAGAGGCUCUGGGGAGUCGUUAACUUCUUGCUCGCGGUUUGUUUGGCCAUGACGGUGGCGGUUUCUAAGAUGGCCGAGCAUUCUCGGCGGUAUACGGUGGCUCAUGACGGGGUUCGGGAGCCACUGCCCCCUCCUGCGGGAGUCAAGGCAGCUGCGUUGACUCUUUACUCCUUUCUUGGACUCCCAUUCGCGAUUACUUGUAGCAUACCCUAUACUCUAGCAUCUAUAUUCUCCAGCGCAGCAGGGGCAGGCCAAGGGCUAUCCCUUGCAAUUCUGAAUCUUGCAGUUGUGAUACCACAGAUGGUGAUGUCUGUGGUUAGCGGACCGUUUGAUAAACUUUUUGGUGGUAACUUGCCAUCGUUUGUGUUGGGUGCUGUGGCAGCUGCAAUCAGUGGAAUACUAUCAUUGUUUUUCCUUCCUUCUCCCCCGCCUGAUUUCACCAAAGCUGCUGCAACCUCCACCCCUGCUGCCUUCCACUAAUCACCAAACAACAGAGUUUGAAUAUCAUGAUCAUGAUGAAUUGGUGGGAUGUUAUAUCCUACUGCUAUUGGUGCUUUCUGUAGAUUUCUAGUAUUAUUGACUGAUCAUGAUGAUGAGGAUGAUACAGAGUGAAAGUUACAUUUUCUAUAUAUAUAUCCUCAAAGUGGAGAGAUUCAUGGAUCUUGUUCAACCAUACACAUACAGUAAUAAUGCCUUGUUGAUCAUGCAUGCACCAGUCACAAUUCACAGACAAGACUCAACAUUGUAUUUCUUUAUCGCCAAGAGGAAUUACUAAAAAGAGAAACUAAAAUACCAUUGUAGGAAGGGGGUAAAAAGAUAUAUUUUUAUUUAUUUGAUUUA